CGUUUUGUUUACAAAAUUAUCUAGAAAAUUUCGACACCGGUGCACAAGUGCUCGAACCUACUGUUUAUAUAAUAAUAGUAAACUAUCCCUUCUCGGGCUUGUACUAGUUCAACUCAUACAAACAACGAUGGCCAACGGUCCACCAACGCGCAACCUAAUGCGAAUCGUGCUGGACAACUUUCUCAAAUCGUUUCGACCGCGCCAAAUGAAGGGCAACUACGUUGGGGAGGAUUAUUUCGGUAACAAAUAUUAUGAAAUUCCUCCUGAUCCAUCCGUCGGUCGGCGCCGUGCCUCUCGGUGGUUCGAACCUACCGCCAAGGAGGCGUACGAUCAGGAGAUUACUGCCGAAUGGGAAGCGUGGCUACGUGGAAGAAGGAAGGAACCGCCGACGGAACAGGAACUGCUGAAAAAUCUGGCCAUUAUGAAGAUGAAAGAGCGCAAUGCAGCCGAACUGGAGGCCAAGUACAGCAAACCAAAGGAUGCGGCAGCACUGGAGCAGCAGAAAACGGGAAUGGGUUCGUUCCCUCAGUACGACGAGUACGAAGUUAUGCCUGGCAAGGGAAAGCACGAAAAAUAGAGCGAACUUUUGCUGUUUGGAAGGCAUUUGGAAAGCAAAAAGAGAAAAAACAACAGCACCGCACGGUCAAUGAUUUUGGUGACGUUAGUCCUAUAUUUCCUUGAUCAUGUAGCACCGGAAAAGCAGCAAAACGAACAAAUGGCCGUUACGCGCUUCCCGAGUUUGUAUAUACAGUUAAAUUAUAAUAUAUUAGAGCAAGAGCAGCGUUGAGCGACGCUCGAAAUUUAUGGUGGAUUUAAUUAGGUCCGUGUGAAUUCCUAGGUAUUGCGCCUUAAAUACACACAGCUCGUCCUUUACGAUGCA